ACGUCAAGCGUCAUGUCAACAGCUGAGUGGUUAUAAAACGUCAAAAACAACGACUCGGCAAGUGGGAAGAAAACACGUCAGUAUUUUGCUUGUUUUAAUACUUUUUAUCGUUAUAAAAUCAUCAUUAAAGUAAAAUGUGUGACAAUUUAUGAGUUUGCCGCUUUAAAGUACUCAUACUGUGCAUUGUAUGUGUGAAUUAGUGGAUCGAUACAGGUGUCUAUAUCAUGGAGAACAAAAAGAAAUCAUCCAUUCUUAUAACAAUCAUCGCGGUGGUAUUUCCGCUAGUUUUAUGCAAUAUUCAGCCUCCUGCUAUUAAUCCCGGUAUUUUAACACCAAGCAAGCCCCUUGGUGAAUGUCAGGCUUGUAAAUUAUUUGUUGAUUCUUUCAAGAAAGGCCUAGAACGGACAUCUCGCGGCAAAUAUGAGGGCGGCGACGCGGCGUGGGAAGAAGAGAAACUGAAAAAGUCGUACAAACGUAGUGAGAUGCGUCUAAUUGAUAUCCAAGAAGGCAUAUGCAAGGAAGAGACAAAACACUCAGUCCAAUGCCACCAUAUGGCUGAAAAAGCUGAAGAAUUUAUAGAAGAAUGGUGGUCCCGAGACCUUGAUGAAUCUACUGAUUUGUACACUUACAUUUGUAUUGACAAAAUGCAAUUAUGUUGUCCGAGGCAUCACUAUGGAAAAGAUUGCGCUCCCUGUCCCGGUGAUUAUAGGAAUAUAUGUAGUGGCAAUGGAAAGUGUAGGGGGGACGGCACGAGGAAAGGGAACGGCACAUGCUUGUGUGACCCUGGCUACAUGGGACCUAAUUGUGAAUUCUGUUCAGUCGGUUAUUACUUGGCUUUUAAAGAAGAUGAUAAAAUGUUGUGUUCUCCGUGCCAUAUAUCUUGUAUGGGUGGUUGUCGUGAUGGGACCCAAAAGGACUGCGUUGCCUGUAAGUUGGGUUUCAUGUUUGAUUCGGACGAAGGUUGCUUGGACAUCAACGAGUGUAACGAUGUUAACAAAUGUACGAAGGACCAAUUCUGUCUGAAUUCGAUCGGGUCGUUUGCUUGCAUGAACUGUGACAAAUCUUGCAAAGGUUGCCAUGGUGAUGGACCAGACAUGUGCCGGAAAUGUGCGAAGGGUUAUUCAAAGAAGGGGGAAUUCUGUAUCGCUGAUAGAGAGGAUGAGGACCAAUCAGAACAGUUCACUACUACAAGAGGUGAAGAAUUAUAGACAUUUGUCGAGAAAAGUUUUUGAAUGGUUUAGGAAUUUAGGUACAUGACUUAUGUGGGUCUUCUCAUCGCAACCGGCAUCUUGCUUCCCAAGUCUACCUCCCUUGGAAGCUUGGUUGGAGCUAUGGUGCUCUCGUACAUAGUGGGGGCAGAGUACUAUUGCAUGAUAAAUGGACACAAUGGACUAGUUAAUCUGAGAGACUUUGACCUAAUUCAAUUAUUCCGUACGUAAUUUCUAUUUUAUGUGAACGUAUCACCUACAUUCUUGGCUGUGGAGCCCUAUCUAGGGCUCCACAGCACACAGCAGGCUUCAAGGAAACCUUCCCUUGAAGAAACCCUUAAGCCGCGGCCGCGUGCACGGCAUCCAAUCUCUCUGGGAGUGCAGUCUAUGCUUGUUUUUUAAGUUUAUAAGGCAUUUUUCCCUUAGUCGCCUUGUACGAUAACCAUGUGAGGAUAUAGAAUGGUCCUAAUUCUAUGGCGGGAAGCACACGCCACAUUAUUCAGUAAGUACGUAACUUAUUGUAGGUUAAAAUAUUUGUCAUUGUGGAUUUGAAAUUUGAAUAUUGUGAAUACUUCUGUUUUAUAUUCUGGACAAUAUUAUAAGUAGUGUAUUAUGAAAGUACCUUAAUGUAUGUAUUUGUUUUAUUUUAGUAUUGAACAGUGAGAUUUUAAAAUUAAGAUUAUUAUAACAAUAACAUUGAAUUGAAAACAUUGAAUUCAAAGUUAUACAUUAAUUAAUUAAUAAUUAAUUAAUUCGUCGGCCAAAUGUCUAAAGUGUUUUUAAUAUUUUGUAAAAUGAACCAAAAAAAACUCCAUGAACAUUGUAAAUAUCACAUAAUAUUUUUAUUCCAUUUAUAGCUUUUGCUCGCGGAUUCCGCAUUCAUUUCGUGCAUUCGCUCAUAAAUUAUAAUUAUCAAUAUCUCGCGGGUUCUAAGCAACGUAUCGCGUUGAAACCUAUCUUUGUCAUAGUCGUAUUCCUCAUGGCUGAGGGUCGUGGUCAUUACAUGGAAUGAAACACACGUCACAACUUUCUUGGCAAUAUUAAUGGAGUGGUUCACACACAAGUUAAUAAUUAACCAGUGUGCAGGUUCCCUCACAAUGUUUUUCCUUCACCGGAAGCAAGUGGUAAUCCAUGAAUACUACAUGAGUCAGAUUGGUAUACAAAAUCAUGUGGCACGAGUAGGAUUCGAACCUGGGACCUUUCGAUCCACAGGCGGGGGUCUUAACCGUUACACCACCACCGCUUCUUGAUUUUAAAACCUAUACCAGAUUUUAAGUUAGACCAUUCCCUUUAUAAUUGUGAAAAUCGCAUCAAAUUCCAUCCGGUGGUUUUGACGUGAUGCGCGACAAACAUAGCCCACUUCCAGUGUCAUUAUAUGUACCUAUAAUAUAAAUGUAAUGUACCACAGAGUGUAACAAUAUAUUAAUCCUUAAAGUUAUACGUAAAUUUGAUACGUUAAUGAUUAAAAAUGAAAGUAAUUAUUGCCAGACAAUUGUUAUUGCCAUUGUAUAAAACUCUCAAGUUAUAAUGGAUACAGUGUAUUAAUAUAUAAUAUAAUAAUUAAGUUCUUUCGUUGUAAUGUAAGUGGAAAACGCGUGAAAGGGAGACCGAAAUAUUUGUGUGAAAUAGAUGGGUUUACGCCCGGUUUCUGCCCAAACAGUCCGGCCGCAAACCCGUUGGGUUUGCGUCGGAUUAUAAAGUUAUAGUUAUGAAAUAGAAAUCUACCCUUUAUGUUUUUAAGCCCGACGCAAAAAGAGGGGUGUUAUAAGUUUGACCGGUAAGUGUGUCUGUCUGUGUACGUGGCACCGUAGUUCAUCAACGGGUGAACCGAUUUGGAUGCGGUAUUUUUUUUAUUUGAUAGCUAAUUUUUAUGCGGUGGUUCAUAGAUAUGUUUAAUCAAAAUCAGCCAUUCAAAAGUUGUAGCCAAAUGAAUAUUGAGAGUCAGGGGUUUUUUAAUUUGUCUAACAAAUAAACUUCUGUUUGAUUACAUAUUUAGUGCAUGUUUGUUUGUAUGUUUUAUAUGUAUCUGUCAAUUUAUUUUUUCUUAGCAAUUUGUGAAUAUGUUCUAUAUUUCUGUAACAUAGGUAUAUUGCUAAAAUCGUUUUUGGACUGUAUAUCACGAGCGGUGUUUUGUAGCUUAUUUUUUGGGCUUACGUUCGACCGCAUUUCAAAUUGGGCGUGGGUCUUUAUGUCGCGAUAAUAGGGGCGAAUUUGCAAUGAAUUUGGGGAGAUUGCCGUGUGUUGACUUGUUAUAUUUAAUAUAUAGUUUUGUAAUGUAAAAUGUGCGGUGAUCGAAGACCAUGCCUGUCCGUGCUCUUGCUAAUGAGCUCAUUAGAUUUAGUUAAAACGCAUAUGCGUGUGGAAUUUUAACCUAGAAAAGUAUUAUAAGUGUCAAAAAUUAAAUAAUAAAUCCUCUACGAAGUAAACAUUGACACAUUAAUUUAUUCGUAACAAAUUUAAAAAAAACCUUAUUCAUGAAAAAGAAAUAACAAUAUUGGUAACUAGCUGCGCCCCGGGGCUUCGCUCCCGUGGGAAUUUCGUUAUAGAAAGUACCCUAUGUGUUAUUCCUGGUUAUAAUCUAUCCGUGUACCAAAUUUUAUAACAAUCGGUCCAGUAGAUAAUGCGUGAAUUAUGUAACAAACUUACUUUCGCAUUCAUAAUAUUAGUUGGGAUAAUAGUUAUUCAAAGGCAAGUCUAUUCAAUGAAAUGCGCGUGCGCCGGCUGUCGGCCUGUCGUAUGCGAUCAUGGCGACCGUGACACGCUUAGGUGACGUGUGUGGCGCUGUGGUCUAAGUCAAAAGAAUCUGGGUGGGGUGGGUAGAACGUCAUUGCGUCCACAUGGUCAUCUUUUUAUAUACGAUACGUAAGUACAUGCGAUUUCUGUUGUUUAAUCGUAUGACCUAUUAUAUGUCCCCAUAUGCCUGGUCUGAGAGUGAAAGAAAAACAUAGAAAUAUGCCAGCUGUUUCUCCUCUCGCGCAUAUUGUAAAAGUCGAUUAAAAGAAAGGGCUUUAAACUAGAGAUUUCUCAGCAACUUGUGACUAUUGCAGACAUAGGCGCUUGCGCUAACGCCAUCUCUCGUCACUUAGACCAACGUCUGUCAAUCACAAGUGCCUAUAUUAUGUAAGUUGCUUCCUGCAGGCGUUUUGUAUCUGUUAUGAUAUAAGCUAAUGUAUAUAGCGAUUUUCAAAUGUUGACUGUACCCGUAUCAAAGCUGGUUCUAACUAAGCGUUGGUGGAUGAUUUACUGACAUAAAUUGAGUUGAAUAUUUUGUGUUUAUUUUUAAUAGUAAUUGAUGGCCAGCAUUAUCGAUGGCCAGUAUUGAUUUUAUCUGAUUUCGUAAUUUGUCUACUUAGCAAGCCGGUACGUUUUUUUUACAGCGAGCGGCUACUGGGGCAGAUAAACAUCUGUAGUAAUCCCUAGUUACAUGUCUAUCAGACAGAUAUAAAAACAUAUUGUCUAUCAAGAUUUUUUUAUUGAUGCAUUGGAAAUAAUGAUUAUGUUAUAAACGAAACGACGAUUUAGUGAUAAAAGAUCCACGUGUCAGUAAGAAAAAAAACUUGCAAAAACGAUUUUAGCAAUUAAUUUUAAAACCACAUACAAUGAGAAAUUCAUCAGUAUUUUUUUUUACCCACUGUAAUCUUUAAUCCAUUUUAAUUACAUCCAUCAUUAUGCUAUGGGUAAUUUAAUACAUUUUUGUGCAAUAAUACAAUUAAUUAAUAUACUUUUCUAUUGUGUAACUGAGUUGGCUGUGUACAAAUAAUUUAUUUGAGGUUAUGUUUGUGUUAUUGUAUUGAAUUAUUCGAUUUUCUGUUGUAAACGAAAUAUGAUUGAAUAAAGGAAUAAAUAUUUAUAUCUA